AUGGCGAGCCGAAAGUUUGAGUGUUUCUUCGAGCUGCCGGGCGAGUUGAGAGAACAGAUCCUCGCCCACCUUGUCGUCAAGCCCGCCGGCAUCCAUUUAGGCGAGCAUCAGUGUUUCCCCAGGAUCACAGGGCGACACGGAGAUACGGAGUCGGGUGAGGAUGACGUUGGCUCUGACAGUGAUGACGACGAAGAGGACGACGAUAGUGGCCGUCGCAUGGGCUGGCCGGUGAAUUACUUCCUUGUCAGCCAGACAUUUUACAGGGAGGCGUCAAGCUUGUUCUUUGGAGAGAACACAUUUCAUCUUUAUGCGGGUGUACGCAGGUCCGUGCUGUUCGACCCGCUGAACGAGCAGGGUGUCCUGGCGCCGCCACAGCAUCAAUCGUCACGACGGCACGGGCUGGCCGGUCGUGGGAGCGCGGCGCGAUAUCUCCCCUCCCGUAGGCGUGUGAAGCACGCGGUCAUCUACAUACAACGCCUUGGCGGCUCGUUAAGUGACGUUAUCGUCCCUUGUUUACAGGACAUGAUCCUCGUUGGCGGUCUGAGGCAUCUGGAUGUCCGGGUAUCCCACUUGGAGCAGCAGGGCGCAGAUAAGCGGGCAACACUGUGGAAUUCGACGCCGGCGCGUAUCUUGGUGAGACUGCUCUGCGAUCCUGACCUUGAAUUUGCGCGGCUGAGGGCAUAUUUUCCGAUACAGUCCCCGGGCCGCCUCGAGGCUUUGGCUGGCUGGUGUCCUCUUCGCAACGAGCACGCAGCUUGCAAUGACGGUCCAGACACAAGGCAGUGGGUAAUUGUCGAUGUUGAGGAGCUCAGUAGGAGGUACGGAGACGGUGAGGCCAACAUUCGCAAGGCUGUGGAGGAGAGGUCACUGUUGAGAUGGGCUGGGGCGUAA